AUGUUAAGGGAUUGGGGAAUUAGGAAUGUGUCAACCAUAACUGUUGAUAAUGCCACUUCAAAUGAUGUUGUUGUGACAUAUCUAAAGAGAAAAAUAGAAAAUAUGAAUGGGUUAAUGGGGGAUGGAAAGUGUUUUCAUAUGAGGUGUUCAACUCACAUUUUGAACUUGGUGGUAAAUGAGGGUUUGAAAGAUAAACAUUUAUCUGUAACUAGUGUUAGAGAUGCUGUUAGAUUUGUUAAGUACUCACCUCAUAGGGCAGCCAAGUUUAAAGAAUGCAUUGAAUUUGCUGGAAUAACUUGCAAAAAAUCAGUAUGUCUUGAUGUUUCAACUCAUUGGAACGCGACAUAUUUAAUGCUAGAGGCUGCGAAGAAGUUUCAACUCGCUUUUGAAAAGCUUGAGGAUGAAAGUCGAGCUAUAGGGAGUUCUUUGGAAAAGCAAGCUACUUUGAACUUAAAUGAUUUUUUCGCAAGUGUGGGUGGAGAUAUGAUGGAAAAAUAUAAUAGAUAUUGGGGAAGUCCUGAUAAGAUGAACAAGAUGAUAUAUUUUGGUAUUAUUCUUGAUCCAAGGUACAAAUUGAGUUACAUUGAGUGGGCGUUUAAGGACAUGUAUGGAGUUGGAUCAAAGUUUGGUAGUGACUUGGUAAAAUCUAUAAAAGAGAAUUUACAAAAGUUGUAUGAUUGGUAUAAGCAAGCUUAUGACCAAGAACAUAAUUCCAUACAUCCUCUUGGUAGUGGUGGAAAUAAUGUCUCCAAUGAUGAAACAAAUGCAUCUGCUUCCCGUUCAUCACUUAUGGCUAGAGUCGAUGCUUUUGAGCAACAUUUAGAGGAGCAAGACUCGAUUGAUCAACAAAAUGAGCUUGAGGUGUAUAAUUCUAGUAAAUGUGUCAAAAGGGAUCCUAACUUUGACAUUCUUGUGUGGUGGAAACGUAAUUCAAUCGAAUAUCCUAUUUUAUCUACAAUUGCUAAAGAUAUUUUAGCCACACCAGUGUCUAUUGUUGCUUCUGAAAGUGCUUUUAGCACAGGAGGGAGAGUCAAGAAACCUAUAGGAGUUCUCUAA